ACAGAUGAACGGUUGGGUCUCGGGUUAUCUCGGUAAACAGGACUGUCGGGUUUGUUAAUAUUUAACCUUCCAGAGACAAUUCCGGUAACGUCGCGGUCGGUGCAGUACUAGUACAAGGGCUGUGGUAAAGGCAGUGUAAAAAGCAGUGUGAAAAUAGCAGCGCGGCGAGGAUGACACCCCCUCUGUGUUUCGGGGCCGAGUGACGCCGCCCAGGUGAGCCUUCCUCGCCUUUUAAGGUGAAGGUGUGGCCCUGGUUUCAGUCGGCAGGCCGAUACCGCGGGUCUCGUACAAAGAGCAGCCACGGCGCCCAGCGUUCUCACACUGCUUGCUGACGAGAGCUCGCGGACGCGGCGCGCACCACAAUCAUCAUGCACGUGAUGCGAGUGCUUCGAGUGGCCAUCCUGCUGUCGUCGUUGGUGUACAGUACAGCUCAGAAAGGACGUGGCUUUAUUGGGAAAGACACAGGUGAUGGUACUGCCGAAGUGGACCAAGAAACGGCGAACGUGCUGAAAAGUGGUUUGACUACGGUCUUCCUCCCAGUACUCUACAUUAUCGUAGUGGUCGUUGCGAUACCCACCAACGCCAUGGCAGUGUGGGUUUUUCUCUUUCGAACAAAGAAGAAGCACCCGGCGGCCAUUUACAUGGCUAACAUAGCGCUGUGCGACCUGCUGUUCGUCAUCUGGAUCCCGCUGAAGAUUGCCUACCACUUUAGAGGGAAUGACUGGACCUUUGGGGAGGGACUCUGCAAAGUUCUGGUGGCCUUUUUCUAUGGAAACAUGUACUGCUCCAUCCUGUUCAUCACGUGCCUCAGUGUGCAGCGCUACUGGGUCAUAGCUCACCCGCUCUCAGAACAGAGGCGGAACAAUCGGGUGGCGAUCAUCAUGUCUCUUUCCAUAUGGGUUUUCAUCUGGCUGAGUACGACACCUUUGUACCUGUACGACCAAACGGUAAAAAUCAGAAACCUGGGUAUCACCACCUGCCACGAUGUCAGCGUCAUCCACAACCCGACGUAUCCUUUACAGGACGUGAAGCACGCCUUCGGCUACUUUCUAUUCAUGGCCGUGUUUGGGUUCCUCAUUCCAUCCGUGGUGAUCAUCGUGGCUUACACCGGUCUGCUCCGAAUCCUGGGAGAUUCCCCAGAUGACCAAAGUGUGGGCAAGAAGCGGCGCAAGUCUGUCAUACUGAUAGUCACAGUCCUCGUGACCUUUCUGGUGUGUUUCGUCCCCAGCAACAUAAUGCUCGUGGUCCACUACUCCCUUCUGGCUACUGGGGCUUCCGACAAUGGCUACGGCUUCUAUAUCACCACACUUUGCCUGGCCAGUCUCAAUAGUUGCCUUGACCCUUUCAUUUAUUACUAUAUCUCGGAGGACUUUCGGGAGAACGUUAAAAACACUUUGCUGUGCAGGAGCAGCAGAACUGUGGACAGGAUGAAGGUCUCCUUCAGUUCCCUUAAGUAUUCAAAGAAGACCAACACCUACACCAGCGAGAGCGGUCAGACUCAGACCAGCAGCUGCUGAUUUACGGAAUAGUGUGUCGGAGGGACUUUACAUGAUCAGUAUGCUACCCCCUACAGCAGUAUAUUGAUUACCUAAACUGGACUUGUUUUGCUCUGGGUAAAGGCAUUUCAUUGGUAAAUGUUAAAUGUGUAUAUUGUUCAAGCUCAUGAAGCCUUUUGUGGGCAGUUUGUGACUGUGAUAAAAGCUCACCCUGUGUGCUGCAUUGUUUUUGUUCAUUUCUCUUUUAAAUCUUGUGUGUUUUUUGUAUAUGAUGCCAUAAAGGUUUUUAGUUACAGAAUACCUUUUACACUUUUUUUUUUUUUUUUUACAGCAGAAGUUAAGUGAAUCUAAUCCAACUGUAGCAUAUGUGUUGUCCUCCAAAGGGUGACCUUUUUUUGUACAUUGUUUUAUACCUUUGUUCAUAUCUAAAUUUUUAUUUAUAGCUUGAAAUAUAUGGAAAUAAUGCUAUAUUUGAAAGCUGAGAAUAUUUUAAAAUAAAAUUCUCUGCCACUUGAUCAUGA